AUGUCUGUAGCACUGGUGAAGAGCACUGACCUGUUCAUCAUGGUGAAUGCCUGGAUUGGGGAUAUCCGAGCUGGCACCACUGUCUCCUAUGGGAACCAGAUCAAGGCCAGCCGCCGCUUGAUAGCAUUUAAUGCAGAUUCAGCAGGUGUGUUAGGUAUCGUGUCCCUGGACUGCCAAGAUGGAGGCAAGAGAGCUGUGUCUCAGCUGCACUGCCAUUCAGAUACGGUGACAGACUUUGACUUCUCUCCAUUUGACCAGUUGUUACUGGCGACAGGCUCUGCUGAUAAGACGGUGAAAGUGUGGUGUCUGUCUGAAAAUGGCCAGGACUUGCCUGCCAGUGCGGGGGUGAUCCUGGGGCCUGAGGGGUGCCAAGUGGACAUGCUCCAGUUCCACUCCACUGCAGAUGGUGUGCUGGCAAGCGGAGCUGGCAGGGGAGUGAAGAUCUGGGACGUGGCCCAGCAGCAGUCCCUGACAGAACUGGAAUCUCAUGGUGACCAGCUCCAGAGUUUGGCCUGGAAACGAGAUGGUGCCCUCCUUGGCACUUCCUGUAAGGACAAGAAGCUAAGGAUCUUUGACCCAAGAGCCAAGCCUGCUGCCUCACAGAGUGUGCAGGGACAUGAGAACAACAAGGAUUCCAGGCUGAUCUGGAUGGAUGCCAGCGACUACCUCCUUUCUGUUGGAUUCAACCAGAUGCGGGAGCGUGAGGUGAAGCUCUGGGAUACACGACGGUUCAGCGACUCACUCCUCUCCUGUGCUCUGGACAGCUCCCCAGGGGCUGCAAUCCCACUCUUCGACACCGACACAGGUCUCUUGGUUGUGGCUGGAAAGGGUGAAAACCUCCUCUACUGCUUUGAAGCGUCUCCCUUGCAGCCAGCCCUGACACAGGUUAACCAGUGUGUGACAGAGGGCAAGACCCGGGGCGCUGCCCUGGUGCCGAAGCUGGCACUGGACGUCAUGGCCUGUGAGGUGGCCAGAGUCUUGCAGUUGACAGACAGCUUCAUUGUGCCCAUCAGCUACACUGUGCCUCGUAAGUCCGUUCAGGAGUUCCAUGAAGAUCUCUUCCCUGACUCUGCUGGGACCCUGCCAUCAGCAUCUUCCCAGGAAUGGUGGGCAGGAGACAACAAACAGGUGGGGAAGGUGAGCCUGAACCCAGCCCGGAGACCCAAGGAGACCUUCACCUUCAGCUUGUUCCCCCAUGCCCAGCAGGAGGAGUGUCUGCCACAUGACUCCAAGCAACUAGAUGCUGGUUCUGUGGACCUGGACCGAAGUGAUGGAAGUGGCCUCUCUUCUCCCUCCAGCUCCCUGACUUCUCCCAGCAUGGCCCCAUCUGUCUCCACCACCAGUGGCUUUGCCAGCAGCUCCAGUCAGAGGUCCCUGCAGAGCAUUCUGGGCCCCAGCUCAAAGUUCCGCCACGCCCAGGGAACAGUCUUGCAUCGUGACACCCACAUCACCAACCUCAAGGGGCUCAACCUCACCACUCCGGGAGAGUGCAAUGGUUUCUGUGCCAACCGGCAGCACCUGGCUGUCCCACUGCUGUCAGCUGGUGGGCAGAUUGCCAUCCUUGAGCUCUCCAAGCCAGGCCGUCUGCCUGACACCUCCAUACCCACCAUCCAGAAUGGGACGCCUGUCGCAGACUUCUGCUGGGACCCCUUUGACCUCCAGCGCCUUGCAGUCGCUGGGGAAGAUGCCAAAAUCCGGAUCUGGCGAAUCCCUCCAGGAGGGCUGCAGAAGAUGCUGCUGGAACCAGAGGCUGUGCUCCGAGGUCAUACAGAGAAAAUCUACUCCAUCCAAUUCCACCCGCAAGCGGCCGACAUCCUGGCCUCUUCCUCCUAUGACAUGACGGUGCGGAUCUGGGACCUACAUACCAAGCAGGAGGUGCUGUGCCUAAAGGGACACACUGACCAGAUCUUCAGCCUAGCCUGGAGCCCUGAUGGGCGGAAGCUGGCCACAGUCAGCAAGGAUGGCAGGGUGCGGCUCUAUGAGCCCCGGCGGUCGGUGGAGCCGGAGCAGGAUGGCCCAGGCCCCGAGGGCAGCCGAGGUGCCCGUGUGGUCUGGGCAUGUGGUGGCCACUACCUGCUGGUCUCUGGCUUUGAUAGCCGCAGUGAGCGCCAGUUGUAUCUGUACAAGGCCAACUCCCUGUCUGCUGGGCCUAUAGCAGUGGGCACUGUCGAUGUGUCUCCCUCCACCCUCAUCCCCUUCUAUGACGAGGACACCAGCGUUGUCUUCCUGACAGGCAAGGGGGACACACGAGUCUUUGUCUACGAGAUUGUCACUGAGGCGCCCUUCUUCCUGGAGUGCAACAGCUUUUCCUCCAGCGACCCCCACAAGGGCUUCGUGUUCCUGCCCAAGACUACGUGCAAUGUGCGGGAGGUGGAGUUUGCCAGGGCCCUGCGUCUGAGGCAGAGCUCUGUGGAGCCAGUUGUCUUCAAGGUGCCCAGAGUCAAGAAGGAAUUCUUCCAGGAUGACAUCUUUCCCCCCACGACCGUGUGGUGGGAGCCAGCCCUCACUGCUGCUGCAUGGCUCACAGGCAGCAACGCGCAGCACCAGACACUGAACCUCCAGCCCAAGGACAUGACUCCAGUGAGCGAGGCCCCAAAGGAUGUCCCGGUCAGAAAGUAUGCCCCGUCAUCUGUCUACCUGGAGGAGAAGUCUGAUGAGCAGAAGAAAGAGGAGUUGCUGAGUGCGAUGGUGGCCAAGUUGGGCAACCGUGAGGACCCCCUCCCUCAGGACUCCUUUGAAGGGGUGGAUGAAGACGAAUGGGACUAGUCCUGGCAAGGCAGUCCUGUUCCUUCAGCACCACAAUCUCAUCUCUGAAGCUGUCUGGAUCCUUGCCUCCCUGCCUGUAUUCUCAGGCCAAGAAGCCAGGCACCCCAAAGCCAGCACCAAGGCUUUGCAAGCAACUGGACUGCACCCCACUCCGAUGGUGCUUACUCUGAAGAAUCUCCCAUGCCCACCCUAGUGUGCAAACCUCCCUGGUGGAGACCUGGACCACCUGCUGGACCUUCUCCCAAGUGCCCACAGAAGCCACCUGCCUUUCUAGCUGUGGGCUCCAAGUUCUGAGUCAGCUGCUGGUCCAGCAUCAUCUCUGCAAAGGACUGGCAGGAUGUCUGAGGCAAAGCCCUCCUCUAGUCUCUAAUGAUCUGUCAGAGGAGGUGGGGAAGGGUGGUGCUGGCCAUACCUCCCCCUGCUUUGUUUUCUGAGUUUGCUUGCUCCUAGCUAGAGCAGUAUUGUCAGCAAGUCAGACAGGCUUGGGGGCUAGCUGUGCUCUGGCUGGUUAUCAUACAUACAUUUCUGCUGUGGGGAGUGCAGUGGGUUAGUGAUAAUUCAGGGACCAACCAUGCCCCACAACUGCCCUCACUCAAGAGCAUUUGGAGGGGACAGGGCCUUGGGACUGUGCCAUCCAGGUUGGCCUGGCCCCAGACAGCUGUGUUCAUGGCUGCAGACACCCUCAGUUUUGCCAGAGUUAUGGCUCAGGCCCUCAUUCAGCACAGUGCCUAAGUGCCUCACUUCAAGCCUGUACUUAAGUCUGUCCACAUUCAACAAAGGACCAGCACAUUACUUGGAAGUACUGACUUGCUCUGUUUCUUUCACUUAAGCAGGUGCUAUUGAGACCAAAGGGCAUAGGUGACCACCUUCGUAACACAGGGUAUGACCAGUUCUAACCCAGCACACCUGAUUGUAGACCCUACUGGUCCCAGCACAGCCAUUGCCUGGUGCUCUCUAAAUAGUAGAAAUGCCAGUGCCUCCCCACAGAGGUAAAGCCCAGUGAAAUUUUU